CAGUCAUUUGAAUGUUUGAACUUUGAAAUUGAUUGGCGAAUGGCGACAAAUUAUAAUCCGACUAAGAUUAAAAGCGAAUAGUUGCAUAGAACGUAGUGGAUAUCGGCUAUAUCCUAUUUUUACAAAAUUAUAGUCGUUAUAAUAUGUUGUUGGAGGGGGUUUCUGAAAAUGAGAAAUUAUGGUAUAAAUAUUAAAUAAGUGCUUGAUGAGUAAACUGCAAAAUAGUAAGUACUAAGUACACUAAACAAACAAUGAAUUUGUGUAAGCGGAAAUUCGGAAUCUCACUCAUUCAUCCCGAGGAUUCAUUAAUAUAAUUAAUUGGAUUUGAAAGUGGUUCUUUCAUAGAAAAAAAUUGACGAUGAGACUGAAACGAAUUUCGAUUUUAGUGGAUUAUAAAAUAUAAACGGCUGCGCGGCGUCAACCACGUUGAGGGAAAUACGUAUUGCGUAUAAUAACAAUCAACGGGAAGGCCUGGACAUUUCAAUACCUUUUAGUUGUUGAUUUAUCUCUAGAGCACAAUGUAUUACAAAAGGAUUGCUCGUAAAAACUAUGGCAACAGAACAAUGCAUCAAUAUAGCUACAGCAAUGGAUAUGUUAUAGCCGAACUUGUAUCUGAUAUCAUUUUAGACAAUAUUUUCUCAUUCCUUAGUUUAAAGGAUCUCAAGAGUUGUAUGUUAGUAUGCAAAACAUGGUUUAGAGCAUUGAGUGAUGAAAAUAAUGAUGUUUGGAGAUAUCACUGCCUUAGAAGAUUAUCAGAAGAAGUUCUUAGAUCUGAAUUGCUAUCAUGUUUGUCCACCUAUAAGAAUAAACUAAGAGCAUAUUUGCAUGCAUGGAGUCCACAUGAUUGUUCCAGAAAUAUUUAUAUUAAAUCAAAUGGUUUUACAUUGCACAGAAAUCCUGUGGCGCAGAGUACUGAUGCAUGUCGUGGAAAAAUUGGUUAUAGUACAGGCAGACAUACAUGGGAAGUUAUAUGGGAAGGACCUUUAGGAACCAUAGCGGUUAUAGGCGUUUCAACUAAAGAAGCCCCAUUACAGUGUCAAGGAUAUGUUGGGUUACUAGGUAUUGAUGAAAACAGUUGGGGUUGGAAUUUGGUUGACAAUGUCUUAUUGCACAAUGGUGAAAAUAGAGGUGAAUUUCCACAUUUGACUAACUGUCCUAAAUACCAAGUAGGAGAACGCUUGAGGGUAAUAUUAGACUGUGACUCAGGUACACUAUCGUUUGAGAAGAAAUAUGAAUUUCUAGGAGUUGCAUUUAGAGAUCUUCCAUAUGAUACCAAGCUGUAUCCAACAGUCUCAGCAGUGUAUGGAAACACGGAAGUGUCAAUGAUAUACACUGGGUUACCCAUGGAUGGUUGACCAUUUUAUGAUGUUUGAAGAAUUGAUUUAAAUUAAAUUAAAUUAUUUCACUUUUGUUAAUUUAUCAAAUACCUAUUGUAAGUCAAAUCGCCUUUAUCUAGUCACAUUCCAUUGUAUCUAAAAAUUAUAAUUAAAAUAACUCAAGUCACUACAAAAAAGACAUAUUUUUUAAGUUUUUAGUUAAAUAUAUCUAUUGAAUUGAUAUUUAUUACAUAAUGUAAGUUUAAUUAUUAAGUAAACCUACUUUAAUAGUAGAACUACGUUAAGGUCGUGGUUAUAGGUAUUUAUAUAGAUGUAAUAUAUUUAGUUUAUUUUUUUGCGAAAAAGACCCUUAGGUAAAUAGUAUCAGGGAUAAAUCUCUCCUAUAUGUUUAAAUUAUUAUUAAAAAAGGCAUUUAUUUUCUCAAAAUUGAUUCCUUUAGAAUUCUUUUUGAUGUCAUUUCUUAUAGUAGUAUAAGAUACUACUACCGCUUCGGAAACAAAUGGCGCUCUGAGAGAGAAGAAGCGGCGCAAGAAACUCUCCCAGCAUUCUUUUUUUUUGCGCUCUUUUCAAUAAAAAUAUACAAUAUUGUACAGUUGCUAUAAAAUAAUCACAAUCUAGUCCCAGGCUGUCCGAUCAUUUAGAUAUUCAGCAGUGGAGUAAUAGGAUUUACGACAGAGCCAUUUUUUUAUAAAACAUUUAAAUUUAUUUAUAGACAAUGCCUGAACAGUGGCUGGGACUUUAUUGUAGAAGUGUAUACAUUUACCCUUAAAGCUAUUAUGUAUCUUAUGAAGCCUACUAGAAUUAGUUACAAGCAAUCCCUUAUUUCUAGUGUUUAUUAUAUUGCUAAAUUAUAUAUGCAUUUAAUAUUGAAUCUACAUUGUUUUCAACCAAUCAAAUUUCACAUAGGACUAGGCAUAAAAUGUGCCAGAUGAAGUCAAGAUAUUUAUAAUUAAGAUUGUAUUACCUGUAAACAGCACUCACUUAUGGAAAUAUAAUAAAUGUUGAUGUGUUUAUGUAAUAAAUACAGAGUAAACUUUCAAUACCUGAUAGAAUCUACAUCCAUAGUUAAUUUUGUGUGUUUUUUCACAUAAUAAUUUAUAUUUAUUGUGGGCCAGUAUAAUAUAAUUUAGGUACUGAUUUUUGUUUCCAUUGUUUUAUUAUAUGUAAGUAUUCAUAUUCAGAAAAUAUUAAAAGAAUGAUGCUAUUUUUAUAAGUAGGUACUUAAUAAUUGUAGAGGAAUUAUAUAUGAGUGAGGUAAUACAUUCUAGUCACGAUAUUAUUGUGUUCACUGCUUUUAUUGUAUCUUAAAAUUACGUAAGUUGUUUUAAAUGCACAAUAUAUGUACUAUAAAUUACUCAAAAA